AGCUACCCAGCCCAGUCCAAUCAUGCAGAUACAGGGAGACGGAGACAACCUCAUCCCCUUUGCCAAGUGUUCCAGGGUGGUCAGCCGAUCUCUACCCCCCAGUUUGCCUUCCCAGAGCCUCAGACCAAUGCCCCAGCGUUAUGGAGAUGUCUUCUGGGAGAACCUUAGUCAAAGGCCCAGCCCCAUCUGGAUGGAGGAACAGUAUUUUCCACCCAUGCUGAGAGCCGCCGGUUGCUCCCAGCCUGGCCUGUUCCCCCCUGAGGGGCUCCCACCCCCCGAGAUGCUUUGCAGAAGAAAGAGGAGGAAACCACGUUUGGAGGGAAUGCAGCAGGGACCUGGGGGCAUCCCUGCCCGGGUAAGGGCUGUCACUUAUCACCUGGAGGACCUAAGGAGGCGUCAGAGAACCAUCAAUGAACUGAAAAAGGCCCAGUGGGGCAGCUCUAGGGCUGCAUCUGAGCCCCUAGUGCUUGACGAAGACACCUGUGGAUUCCCCAGCACCACUGAUCUGGAAGAGGAGAGGGCAACCUACCCACAGGAACAGAACCAUUUUCUCGCUCCUGGCAGGGCCCAGCUGCUUUGGUCUCCCUGGAGUCCCCUGGGCCAGGCAGGGGCUUGCCCCUCCAGGCGGUGGAGCUCUCUGCUCCCCUUCCACACUGUCACAGCCAGUAGGAACCCCCUUUCCAGCCCCUGGGAGAUGGAGUUUGAGGAGUAAGGAGAAACCAUCCGAGCCCACGAUGCUGGUGCUUCCUCGGGGACCCAAGACUAGCUGCAUCACCAGAAGCGCCCCCAUUGCUGGCCUCAAGGGGUUUCCCUUCCCUCGGCCUCUCCACCUGCCUUUCCCGUCCUCUGGACUAGGCAUUAACACCCCUCGUGGGCCCAAAUCUCGGCCUGCCCCUCUCCCAGCAACUCCCCAAGUCGUUUUCCUCCGGGCCGCACUCCUGCCCUGUGCUUUUCUGUCUGUUCUGUUAUUAAAAAUCAAGCAAGUGGA